GUUUAAUCAGAAUCAUUAUUUGAAGUCAUUUAAGUAAAGUGAGUGUGAAAAGCCACUCCCACAGAACGAUGUGGCUUGCUAUAAAUUCAUCUGACCACCAGUAAAUGUAUCACACCAGAUCUCUGGAGUUUCAGUGAGCAGAGAUGGCGACCAAGAUCUCCCACAACGCGAAGAAGAAGGAAGAACAGAGCAUUAAAGAAAGAUGCCGGGGCUUCAUAUCGAUCCCGGUGACCGACAUCAGUGUACUGGAGAAGAGGAAGGAUGAGAUGAGCACCAAGAUGGAGAUGCUGAUCAUGGAGACUCAGGCUGACUUCUGUAAAGCCCUGGAGGAAGUGGACGGAGGGACAUUCAAGGUGGACAAAUGGCAAAGGAAGGAAGGUGGAGGGGGAAUCAGCUGUGUGAUGCAUGAUGGAAAUGUGUUUGAAAAGGCUGGAGUGGAUGUGACAGUGUUGCGAGGUUGUCUGACUGAGGAGGCUGUGAAACAAAUGAGAAGUGGAAAAAAAGUCCUCAAAGGGAAAGAUGGUAAGCUGCCAUUUUGUGCCAUGGGUGUGAGCUCCGUCAUCCACCCCAAGAACCCUCACAUUCCUACAGUUCACUUCAAUUACAGAUACUUUGAAAUAGAAGAGGAGGACGGCUCCAAGCAGUGGUGGUUUGGUGGAGGGACAGACCUGACCCCGGUGUACAUUGACAGAGAAGACGCCUUUCUGUUCCACAACACCCUGAAGGAAGCCUGUGACAAACAUCACCCGAAGUACUACGCAGACUUUAAAAAAUGGUGUGACAGAUACUUCUACGUCCGUCACAGAGGAGAGACUCGGGGCAUCGGAGGAAUCUUCUUUGACGACCUUGACUCCCCAAAUCAGGAGGAAGUUUUCAACUUUGUUAAGAGCUGCGCUCGAACCGUGGUGCCUUGUUAUCUUCCCAUCGUGAGGAAACAUCUUAAUGAUUCCUUCACUCAAGAGGAGAAAGACUGGCAACAGCUGCGACGAGGAAGGUAUGUAGAGUUUAACCUGAUGUAUGACCGGGGAAUAAAGUUCGGCCUCACCAUGCCUGGCUGCAGAGUCCUCAUGUCGCUUCCCCUUAUCGCCAGGUGGGAGUUUAUGCACGAGCCUGGAAAAGAUUCCCGAGAAGCGGAGAUGCUGGAGGUUCUCAGAAACCCAAAGGAGUGGGUGUGAGCGCCAGUCACUGAUUUACAGAAAGAAGAGUCUUUGUAGUAUUUUUAUAAAACUGUAACCUGUUUUACAAGACCUGUGUUUAUCAAGAAAUGUCAGAGGACUUUAUUUUUUUCAAAUCAGUCUCCUUAAAAGCUUUAAAAUAAUGUUUUAAUAAUGGAGCUUUGUGCUAUUUGUCUCUUUCUUGUAGAAUUCAUAUUGAAUAUACUAAAUAUUUAAACUUUGUUUGAUCAAUCAGGCCUAAAAAGCAGGAAUAAACCGAGUCCUAUAUACAGUGCGUUAUUUUUCUGAUGUAUCAGCUUUCUUUUUUUGUGCGGAGUUGUAAACAACACUUUGGU